UUUACGCAAUUUCCGGACCAACUGAUUAAAAACAGAGAACUUUCGAGUUAGAAGUAACCCGCUCUGUUAUCCUAAUUUAGGGAAAUGCUUCUUUGGAGUUUAUUGAUAUUAGUUUUCGCUCUCUAUUUCUUAAGCAACACCUUUCGUUAUUACGUAAAAUAUGGACUGUAUUUAUUGUUUUUGACUGUAAUCUCUACAGUGACAGUUUUUUGGGUGAUUUUAACAUGCAGACCAAAAUCUACUGAAAAUUCAAGAUUUGCAAAUUGGGCACUUGUAAAAUUGAAGUAUUUCUAUGGCUGGGAAUUUGAGAUUCAUGGCAAGGAAUAUUUGAUGAAAGAUGAACCUUGUGUAGUCCUUAUGAACCACCAAAGUGGCCUUGAUCUAAUUGGUUUAAUGGAGAUAUGGAAUUGGCGUUAUCACUGUGCCGUUGUAGGGAAACGUUCCCUGAUGUACUUUGGAAUGUUUGGACUAGCCACCUAUUUAUGUGAUACAAUAUUUUUAGAUAGAUUCGACCGUGCCAAAGCUGUGCAACAAAUGAAUGCAGUAGUUGACCAAAUCCAGUCAAAGAAAUUAAAAGUGUUUGUUUUCCCAGAAGGGACUAGAAAUCAUGAGGGUUCUAUGUUGCCAUUUAAAAAAGGAGCCUUCCAUAUAGCUGUACAGUCUCAGGUACCAAUUAUUCCAGUAGUGUUUUCUUCAUAUAAAUCCAUGUAUAGCAAAAAGAAUAAAAUCUUCAAAGGUGGAAAGAUAGUAAUUACUUGUCUUCCUCCUGUUUCAACUUCCGGACUUUCGAAGGACAACAUUCCGGAGCUUUUGGAGUCUGUUCGGAAUGCCAUGAUAGAAACUUACAACAGAACUUCAGAUGUCAAAGACAAAUCUGAAUAACUCAAACCAAAGCCAUAUUUUUAAUGAAAUGACAUAUUCUUUAUCCUCGUAUUAUUUUGUAUACAAAUGUAUUGUUGAUAAGAUUUCCUUGUGGUCUAUGAGAGGUUCUGAUUUUUAAUCAUAGAAUAACUUGUUUUCUUUUCUGAAAAUUUUACAAGAGAACUGAAAACACAAAACUACUUAAAAAUUAGAAUUUUACCUUUUGAAUAUCCCAUCACAAUUCAGAUGGAGGUUCUAUUGUCUCAUGUUUUGAGUGAUUAUUUAUAUGCAAUGUUAUUAUCCUGAAAUUGCAGGUACUGUUUGUCCUCACAUGAUAUAGUAUCUGAUAUGGGUAAGUUUUGCCAGAUGUAUACAAAAACAUAUAUUACCAGAUACUUAUUCUUUUACAUUUACACAUAUCUCAUUCCUUUGUAUGAUAGAUCUUACUUCGCUUAAGACCAAAAUGUUCUUUUGGCAAGCUAGGAUACAAUUUAUAAUAAAUCUAUAUAAAAGUAUGUAAAAGGUGUACAAAUAUUUGUAUAUUGCUAAUAAAUUGAGACCCUUUGAACUUAA